AAAAAAAGAAAAAGAAAAGAAAAUCCACUGGAAAAUACCGUUCCCUCCAAAUCUCUACAAACCCUCGUAAAAAUCCCCAAACUCCACAAAACCCAAACCCUCACACACUCAAAACAGAAGAAGAAAAAUCUUAAGGCAGUUCUUGAAAUUGUUUAAUGGGGAAAGACGAAGAUGAGAUGAGGGGUGAAAUUGAGGAGAGGCUGAUAAACGAGGAGUACAAGAUUUGGAAGAAGAAUACACCUUUUCUUUACGAUCUGGUUAUUACUCACGCGCUUGAAUGGCCUUCGCUCACCGUCGAAUGGUUACCGGACCGGGAAGAGCCGUCCGGAAAGGAUUAUUCCGUUCAGAAGAUGAUUUUGGGGACUCAUACAUCGGAAAAUGAGCCCAAUUAUCUCAUGCUUGCUCAGGUUCAGCUUCCUCUUGAGGAUGCUGAGAAUGAUGCCCGACACUAUGAUGAUGAUCGGUCUGAAUUUGGCGGAUUUGGUUGUGCCAAUGGCAAGGUACAAAUAAUCCAGCAAAUAAAUCAUGAUGGAGAGGUUAAUCGGGCUCGAUAUAUGCCCCAAAACCCAUUUAUCAUUGCAACUAAGACAGUUAGUGCUGAAGUAUAUGUUUUUGACUACAGUAAACAUCCAUCUAAGCCUCCUCUAGAUGGUGCAUGCAAUCCAGAUUUGAGGUUAAGAGGCCACAGUACAGAGGGCUACGGUUUGUCUUGGAGUCAAUUUAAGCAAGGUCAUUUAUUGAGUGGUUCAGAUGACGCACAUAUAUGUUUAUGGGACAUUAAUGCCACUCCCAAAAAUAAGGCUCUAGAGGCUAUGCAGAUAUUUAAGGUUCAUGAAGGUGUUGUUGAGGAUGUAGCUUGGCAUCUGAGGCAUGAGUAUUUAUUUGGCUCUGUUGGGGAUGAUCAGUAUCUGCACGUCUGGGAUCUGCGAACUCCAUCAGUAACCAAGCCUAUACAAUCUGUAGUUGCACAUCAAAGCGAGGUUAACUGCUUAGCUUUCAACCCCUUUAAUGAAUGGGUUGUAGCAACAGGGUCUACAGACAAGACAGUUAAAUUAUUUGAUCUACGCAAGAUUUCUACUGCACUUCAUACCUUGGAUUGUCACAAAGAGGAAGUUUUCCAGGUUGGUUGGAAUCCGAAGAAUGAAACCAUUUUAGCUUCUUGUUGCCUUGGUAGGAGACUCAUGGUUUGGGAUCUCAGCAGGAUCGAUGAGGAACAAACACCAGAAGAUGCAGAAGAUGGACCACCCGAGUUGCUCUUUAUUCAUGGUGGCCAUACAAGUAAAAUUUCAGACUUCUCAUGGAACCCAUGUGAAGAUUGGGUCGUUGCUAGUGUUGCUGAGGAUAAUAUACUACAAAUCUGGCAGAUGGCUGAAAACAUCUACCAUGAUGAAGAUGACCUGCCUGGAGAUGAUGCCCCCAAAGGUCCCUAGGAUUACUAAUAUAGCCCUUAGGAGGGUAUUGUAACAUCAAUUAGGAGAGCCUAAAAAAUAUGCUUGUUCUAUUUGCCCCUCUACUCCCCCACAUUGUCGCGUUAUUUUUUCUUAUCAAUUUUCCUUUUGAACUGAGCUUCUGUCUACUGCUGUGAUAUCUAUGGCUGUUAGCCUGUUACUUUAACAACUUGUUUUUCUCUUUUAACAUUUCAUUUAUGUAUUUAGGUUAAAAAAAAAUUUGUAUUGGCAAAUGAUUUGGCCAGCUUUAUACUUUUCUA